AGAUGAUCAUGUACUUCCGUCCUUGACUGAUGGAUAUGAGAUUCUAGAAAUGGCUUCCUCCAUUGAAAGCUUUAUUGCGAAAAGCAGAUUAUCGAAGAAUCGCGCCGAAUUUUGAUUGGAGUGAUUCCAGUUGAAAGUGUUCAGGAUUUGCUAGACUUCGGGACAUAGUUUCCGUAAAAAUGGCGAGCGGAGGGAAAAAGAAUGCGUCCGGGAAGAGCGAACUAACUGCCGAGGAACUAGCCGAGCGAGAGCAGGAAGAGUUCAACACUGGACCAUUGUCCGUUCUCACACAGUCGGUGAAGAACAACACGCAGGUAUUGAUCAACUGCCGGAACAACAGGAAGCUAUUGGGUCGAGUGAAAGCGUUCGACCGUCACUGUAACAUGGUUUUAGAGAACGUGAAAGAGAUGUGGACGAUCCUGCCGAAGUCUGGAAAAGGGAAGAAGAAGACGAAGCCUCUCGGCAAAGAACGUUUCCUGUCGAAGCUGUUUCUGAGGGGAGAUUCGGUGAUCAUAGUUCUUCGGAAUCCUCUUGCGGCUGCAGACCGGACUGCCUGAUUGUGUCGUAACCUCAAUUUCAAAAAUUUGUUUCGUGUCUACUGUUUCUAGGUCAAUGAAAAUUUUUUCGUUACGAUGGA